AUGGUCGACUCUUCGUUUCUUACAAACACAACCUGUCUCCAUGUCUCCAAUCUAGAUGCCUCUCUUGAAUGGUACAUCAAAUCUUUUGGCGUUUCUGUCAUCAAGAGAACCCAACAGGAGAACUACAAAUCUGCAUUCAUUGCUUUGGAUUCCGACGGCCAUCCAAGUAGAGGUCUAUCCGUGUCUGCAAGAUCUGGUGUGAUUGAGUUGAGAGAAUUAUUGGGCGAGAUUGGAAAGAAGGCCACCGUUUAUGAUGGCAACCAGGAUCCGUACAAGGGGUUUGGCCACUUGUGUUUUUCCGUUUCCAACAUUGAAGCUGCACAGAAGAAGCUGCUCGAACAAGGUGUCCAAUUCAAAAAGAGAUUAGAAGAUGGGUCCAUGAACUUUGUGGCCUUUGUGCAAGAUCCAGAUGGCUACUGGGUGGAAUUGAUUGAAAACCAAAUCCACAAGGAGGCAGGCGUUUACAAUCUCCAAUCCAACCGGAUGAACCAUACCAUGGUGCGUGUAAAGGAUGCACACAAGUCGUUGGAAUUCUACAAGGGCGUCUUGGGGAUGAAACACUUCUCCACAUUGGACUUUCCCGACAUGAAGUUUAGCCUCUACUUUGUCGGUUACGAGCACAGUGAAGGCUACACAGAAAACAAGGAAGAUUUCACCCAACAAGCCUCCAGACAAUCUAUAAUCGAGCUCACCCAUAACUACGGAACAGAAAACGACGACUCCUUCCCUGGUUAUUACGUCUUUGGCAAGGACGACUCGGCUGUUGGCUUUGACCAUUUUUCCGUCUCUUGUAAGGAUCCCAAGGGGGUUGCCAAGGAGUUGAAGGCCAGAGGCGCAGCAAUUGUAGCCGAAACAGCAGAAGCUUUCACCAUUGCAGACCCAGAUGGAUGGAGAGUCCAAAUCCAUUCGUUGGAUUACUUGAACUAA